CGGAGCGCAGGAGAUGGAACCUCUACCCACUAUUCCCAGAGAAGGACACGCCAAGACUCCUUACGAGCAGCAGAGUGAUGUGACUUCCAUCCCUGGCCAGCAGCAGCAGGGCGCCUGGGACAUGAUUCUCCUCCACCAGCAAGAGACCCACCACGAGUCUUGGGACCAGACGCCCCUAAAGCUUCAUCGGAAACAGCGUGAGUCAUGGGACCUGAGUCCCGUACAGCACGGUUCAUGGGACCUGAGUCCCAUACAGCACGGUUCAUGGGACCUGAGUCCACAACAAGAUGAACACCACGCAUCCAAGCACCGCUCGCCGCUACAAUAUAAACGACAGAGUCCUUGGUAUCUAAAACCUAUGAAAAUAAAUCCAGAUUCGACUUCCUCUAGCAAGCUGAAGUCGUGGGAUGUGAGCCGCAUGGAAGUGCUGCCAUCCCCAGCACAGCUGCUCCAGGGUCCCACCAGUGUCCCCUCAGGUCCCUUCUUCCUGGAGGCCCCUGACUCUCAGGUCUCCGUCAGGGCCGGACAGGCGGCCUCUCUGACCUGCGUCGUCAAGCACUUGGGUAACAGACAGGUAUCUUGGAUCCGGGGUGGUGACCUGCACGUGUUGAGCUCGGGCGUGGUGACCUUCUCUUCCGACUCCCGAGUGGAGGUGAGGCAGGAGGGAGAGGCCUGGACCCUCACCAUCAAGUACACACAACUCUCAGACGCUGGAGCCUACUCCUGCCAGGUCAACACCCAGCCUCGCCUCGCCUCCUGGUACAACCUCACAGUCAUAGAGGCCCGGGCCGCCAUCAUGGGCAAGGAAACCUUGUACGUGCAAGCCGGCAGCACUGUGAUGCUGGAGUGUAUCAUCACGGAGCAGCUCCUUAUUCCUGGUCUGGUCUUGUGGUACCUGGAUGAUCGGCUGGUCCAGCGUGACGCAGGGAGGGUGACGGUGGUGACGCUGGUGGACAAUGUCACCAGCAGUACACUCACGGUGAUGCAGGCCACGCAUCAGGACUCAGGCAACUAUUCGUGCUGGCCCUCUGCAGGCAGACCAGACAGUGUUACGGUGCACGUCAUACAAGGUGACCCUCCUGCUGCCAUGCAGCACGGGAACUUUGCACCAGCACCCUUUGUCUCCCCCCUGCUGUUGCUGCUGCUGCUGCUACUGCUGCACCCCAACACCACCAGCUGCUUCAUCGAUACGUGAUGCUGCUUCUUCCUCCAACCUCAGCGUGUUGACUUCCCCCAGCAUGCUCACCUCCUCCCAGUGUGCUGACCCCCCCCUUCCCCAGCGUGUGGGUAACUUCGGUGUUGACAUCAAGCAGUGUAUCUGUCCUCGCAGAUAAAUUUCUUUGUGUAUUCUUCAUCCUGUUAUUCUACAACCAGUUAUUAUCACUGUGAUAUAAUUAGUACUAGUGAUACGAACUGAAAUCGUUUUGCCCUCCGCUACAGUGGUACCUCCUUGAUGCUGCUCCAGCCUCUCACCAGAUUCCCCUCUUCUCUCUUCCCUCACACCACAUUCAUCACCAUUCGUCUCCCUUCCGCCUGUCUCAUCUCCCACACCUCACCUCUCCUGGCGUCUCUACUCGCAGUUUUCUUAAUCCAUUCCUCGGACUGUUACAUUAUUUAUGGACCUCCGCUCCUUCUUGUUAUUUUGUGCCAAAGACUAACAGGAUACUAAAACAUAAACACGAAGUAUUAAAACACACACACACACACACACACACACACACACACACACACACACAUAUACACAAGAAUACAUAGACACAUUUACAAAGUAUAUUCCUGCUACUAGAAAUGUGUAAUUACACCAACACAAACAACAAUUCCAAGUGUAUUAAUGUAAGAACAUAGACCUGCCGUAAUCUUAGACUCAAUUACCAAACUUUCUGAGCUCCUCAUGAGCAAUAUAAAUGAGUGACUUACGGAUCUCUUGAGAGAAACACCGAUGUAUAUUAUCAUAUAUAUUUCCAAGUAAUCAAUAUAUAAGUGGAUGAAGUAAAAACAGUAAAAGUAAAAUCAGAUCGCUAUGCAUCACUUAACAAGCUUCAGAGUAUAGAAAUAAUGCAACAGCUCCAUGAACUAUGUCGAACACCCGUGUUACUUCAGCCUUUAAGACUUGCUCUACAUAAGGACAAGCAUCUUACACCAACAGGGAAUGCAGCUACUCAGCACCAAAUGUGUUAGAGAAACAACACCUCUCACAUGAAUGAAAAGAACAAAGGCAAAUGUUAUACAUUACAAGAACAGGAAUAUCAGCCUGUGACGGGACGGUAUAAAUAUUUGCUCCUUUUUGUUUCGUGAGAAUUAUGUGUUCAUACGUGGUUCUGAUCUUGGCUGAUUUACAGUGACAACGUAGGUAAAAAUGUUGCAUUUUCUAAAUAUAUGAAAUGUAUUUAUUGGUCAUAUAUGACUAAUGACUAAGCUGCCACCACCCUGACUAAGCUGCCACCACCUUGACUGACUAAGCUGCCACCACCUUGACUGACUAAGCUUCCACCACCUUGACUGACUAAGCUGCCACCACCUUGACUGACUAAGCUGCCACCACCUUGACUAAGCUGCCACCACCUUGACUGACUAAGCUGCCACCACCUUGACUAAGCUGCCACCACCUUGACUAAGCUGCCACCACCUUGACUAAGCUGCCACCACCUUGACUGACUAAGCUGCCACCACCUUGACUGACUAAGCUGCCACCACCUUGACUGACUAAGCUGCCACCACCUUGCCUAAGCUGCCACCACCUUGACUAAGCUGCCACCACCUUGACUGACUAAGCUUCCACCACCUUGACUGACUAAGCUGCCACCACCUUG